GCCCCCUCGAGCUCCGCCCCUUGGGCUCAGAACUUGCACCGGGUACCGGCGGCCGCCGAGGGAGCGUGACUGCUGGGCGCAGGGCUUAGGACGCAUUGUCGCCGCACAGACCCCUUUGUGAGCAGCAGACCAGCCUGGAGGCUGGGAGCCGGACACCCACGUCUGCAUGCUGAGGAAGAUGGGUGAGGCCGUGGCCAGAGUCGCGAGGAAGGUCAACGAGACGGUAGAAAGCAGCUCAGACACCCUGGACUUGGCCGAUUGCAAGCUUGUUUCUUUCCCCAUCUGCAUCUACAAGGUCCUGAGGAACGUCUCCGACCAGAUCCACCUCAUCACACUGGCUAACAAUGAACUCAAGUCCCUCACCAGCAAGUUCAUGACCACCUUCAGUCAGCUUCGAGAACUCCACCUGGAAGGGAACUACCUCCAUCGCCUCCCCAACGAGGUCAGCGGCCUGCAGCACCUCAAGGCCAUCGACCUGUCCCGGAACCAGUUCCAAGACUUCCCAGAGCAGCUGACCACCUUGUCUGAACUGGAGACCAUCAACCUGGAGGAGAAUGAGAUCGUGGAUGUGCCUGUGGAGAAGCUGGCCACCAUGCCAGCUCUGCGCGUCAUCAACCUGCGUCUCAACCCACUGAGCGCCGAGGUGCGCGUCAUUGCCCCGCCACUCAUCAAGUUUGAUAUGCUCGUGUCUCCAGAGGAUGCACGGGCCCCUCCGCCUUAGGACACCCUCCUUGUGCUCACCCAGCAAGGGACAAAGGCCACUGGCCUGCCAUCCUGAGAGGAGGGAAGCCUGUGGGAAGGCCAGGCAUGGGGAGCGGGGGUGGGUGGGCCAGACAGCAUACGGUGGGAGGGAAGCAGCUAAGCCAAGGUAGGUAGCUUAGCACUCUAGUGAGCCCUGGUGAGAGCCCCAGAGGGAGAAGGCUAGGUGAGGCUAGAGCCUGGGCUCAGGCCACUCCCAGCUGCUCUGCUGACUUAGGUAGGCUUCUCUCUCCAAGCUUUGUUACUCGGAAGGAGGAAUAGCAGUGGAGAGUCUUUCCUGCCUGGGUUCUGCCUCCACAUCGUCAAGACGCCCUCCAAGCUGGUGGAGGAGCCUUUCAUGGGCGUUUUAUGGACCUUAUGAUCUGAAGCCUUGUUUCUAGUGUGAGAGCCAGUCACCAUCCUGAGAAGAGGCCGCCUCCGACUAUUUGCCGCCUUCUGAGGACCGAACUCAGUCCUCCUUCUGAAAGACACCCUUCAUGGUGCCAUGUCCUGGCCGUCAGAGUACCUGGACUGGUUGGAGCCUGAACUAGGAGUUCGGAUGCCCAGACCCUGUGGCUGGGUCCUGUGGCACGAGAGUUUAUGAUGAGGAACCCGUAGACAUCUGGCCAGGCUACAGAGGGGCAGCUCCAAGGAGCUCAUUCUUCCAUGUACGAGACAAGGGGAGGAAGUUCUACGCAUGCUGCUCUGUCCCUUCCUGAUAAUGGGGUGAUGUGGCCAGACAUCAUCCCCAGGGCCACAGGAGAGGUGGCCCGGAGACAACAAAGCCAUCUGCGCCUGUGACUCUGACCUGAGGUCCUUAGGUGACCUCCUUUACCGUGGCCUCCCUCUGGCAGCAACCUGGUUGCCUUGCCCUGGUCCAGGACCACCAACCUCAAGGCUAUCACCAUAAUCACCAAUAACCUGACAUCUCCAGGACCUUUGCCUGUGGCCUAGGGGGUAGCCAGAGAGUAGGGUGUCCAGCUACCCCAGUGUACUCAACUGUGGAGUUUCCCAGGAGCUGGCUGGGCCCUUGCUCCCCGGUAAGGCCUAUACUUGGGGACAUCCCUGAAUCCCUCAAUCUCCACGUGUCUUCCUUCUCACCUGAGCAAGCAGGCCUAUCAGCUGCCCUGGCCCUGGCUG